AUGUCAUCAAGCGGUUCAGGCGAUAAAGCUAGUGGAAACAGUGUAAGUGAUGAAAUCAAUCAAUUACUUAAAGAUCAUAAAGUUAUAGUAUUUUCAAAAACUUAUUGCCCAUAUUGUACAAAAGCCAAAAAAAUUCUUGGCAAAUAUAAAUUAAAAGAUUAUAAAAUCAUCGAACUUGAUGAAAUCGAAAAUGGUGAUGAUUACAUGGACGUACUUGGCCAAAUCACAGAUGCAGAUACAGUUCCACGUGUAUUCAUUGAUGGAAAAUGUAUUGGUGGUGGUGAUGAUACAGAAAAAUUAGAAAAACAAGGUGAACUUGAAAAAAGAUUGAAAAAAGCCAAUGCAUUAGAAGAUUAG